CUGAGUUAUUAAUGAAUCCAGAAACAGAGUAAUUGAACUACGAUUCAGAGAUUCCAUAACUUCCUUAUAAUUAUGAUGUAGAUGGUCGAUUUUACUUGCCUAUAUCAAAUCAAAUCUAUUAGAAAUGUUACAGUCAAUACACAUAUCAUCCACCUACAUUUUUAAUUAUGCCACAACAAGCAGUUUAUUAACCAUGUCCUUAAGUUAAAAAGACUAAGAAAAAGAAAGUCAAUAAUAGAGAAGUUGAAACACUUAGAGCUAGAAUCAUGGAAUUAGAAAUGAGGUAGCCUGAAGUCAAAAUUGUUAAAGAAGUUGUCACUGAUACUGAAUAAGUUUAUUUAUCAUUAUUAUAUUAUAGAUUUCUAAAUUAGAAAAAGAAUUAAGAAUGGUUAAAAUGUAAUUAGAACAUGAAAUUGAUAAUAGUGCAUAAAAAGAUAGAACUAUUUCUGAUCUUAGAGCAUAAAUCUAAAAAAAUGAUUUAUCCAGAAGCUCAAGUUUAGUUUCACUAUAAACAACCAUUGUUGAAAGAGAAGUAAUUAUAUCAUCUUUAUUCUAAUAUAGAGAUAAAUCACUAAAUAAGAUGGAAUCAUCUCUUAAUUAUAGGCAGACAUCAAUCUUCUUAAAGGAGAAUUAGAUGAUGCACAUCAUCAUAUUGAAGAAUUGUAGACUACCCAUGAAGAAGUUACUGUUGAAAAAAUGACAUAUCUUUCUAAAGUAUUUAUUUUUACUUAUUUAUUAUUCAAUAGGAAGUAGAAACUUGGAAAUAAAAAUUCAUCAUUCUUAAUAGAGAAUAUCACGAAACCUAAGAAAAACUUAUGUUAGCUGAAGCUGAAUUAGAAUCUAUCAAAAAAGGAGAAGUCAAAGAAGUUAAAGUAUUCUAUUCAUCAAAUAAUAGUCUAUUGUUGUUGAAAAAAAAGAUAAUAUUGGAAGAACCGUUGAUUAUAAAUAAUCUGAAUAAGUUUAAGUUAGGAAAAGUGGAUUCAUGUCUACAUUAAAAUGA